CUCCCCCAGCCCUACUCACCUGGAUCGGAUCAUAUAACCUCCAUACAACUAUGGACUUCUUACGCUUCCUCCUGGUCCUAUAUUUUCUCCUGACGGGUUCCAUCACCCUUGCCUACGAGCCCCCCCUGAUCACACUCGACUAUGGCCAGUUCCAAGGCAGCUACGAUGCAACCUAUAACAUUUCAUACUUCCGCAAAAUCCCCUUCGCCGCAACUACUGCAGGGGAAAAUCGCUUUCGGGCCCCCCAGCCUCCACUGAACAUCACCAAUGGCACCUACGACAGCGACCAAUCUUUCGACAUGUGCCCCCAGCGCACCGUCAAUGGCUCCGAGGACUGUCUCUUCCUAGGCCUCUACUCACGCCCCUGGGCCUCCGCCUCCGCCAACCGCCCCGUCCUGGUUGUCUUCUAUGGCGGCGGCUUCAUCGAAGGCAGUGCAUCGUUCGGCAUUCCGCCAGACGCCUAUCCCAUCCUCAACGUCAGCACAUUGAACGACUACAUCGUGAUCUACCCCAACUACCGCACCAACGCCUUCGGCUUCCUCCCGGGCCAGGCGAUAAAAGACUCCUCAACCUCCGACCUCAACCCGGGCCUCCUGGACCAGCAAUACGCCCUGAAAUGGGUCCAGAGCUACAUCGACCAGUUCGGCGGCAACCCCAACAACGUCACCAUCUGGGGCCAAUCCGCCGGCGGCGGCUCCGUCGUCGCGCAGACUCUCGCCAACGGCCGCGGCAACCAGCCCAAACUCUUCUCCAAAGCCCUCGCCAGCUCCCCCUUCUGGCCCAAGACCUACGCCUACAACGCCCCCCAAGCCGAAGCCAUCUACGACCAACUGACCAGCCUCACCGGCUGCGCCAACGCCACCGACACCCUGGCCUGUCUCAAGGCCGUCGACGUCCAAACCAUCCGCUCCGCCAGCCUCAUCAUCGAAGCCGACAACACCUACACCACAAGCUCCUACAAUUGGGCCCCCGUCAUCGACGGCGACUUCCUCAUCGACACCCUCACCGACGCCAUCCAGUCCGACGACCUCCAAACUGAACUCAUCUGGGGCAUGUACAACACCCACGAGGGCCAGAACUUCAUCCCCUCCGGUCUCGACGACGCCGCCACCGCCGGCGGCUUCAACUCAUCCCUCGCCAGCUUCCACUCCUGGUUAACCGGCUUCCUCCCCGGUCUGUCAGCCACUGACAUCUCCCUGAUCGAAUCAAAAUACUACCCUGUCAACGGCAGCUCAGAAACCAUCACCUACAACACAACCUACGUCCGUGCGGGCCUGGUCUUCAGAGACCUCGUCCUCGCCUGUCCGGCCUACUGGGUCGCCUCCGCUGCCACAACCACCGGCCAUGUCGGCGAAUAUAGCAUCCCCCCCGCCACUCACGGGAGUGAUACCAUCUGGUGGGACACAAUCAACACCAUCCAAGAAACCGACCCCCUGAUAUACAAAGGCUACACCGGCGCAUUUGCCAGCUUCAUCCAGACCGGCGACCCCAACGCCCAUAAAUUGACGAAUGCGUCGGAGCCAGGCGUCCCGGAUCUUCAUGCCACCGGGGAUGAGUUUGUUAUUGCUGAUGCGGGCUUCGAGAAUCUUCGCCUUGUGCAGUUGAAGGAGAGGUGUGCGUUUUGGUUGAGUGUCGCGAAGGAUGUUCCUGUUUGAGUUGUGUUUGGUUGUUUCUUUGGGGAGAUGGGUGGGCGAGGUUGAGUAUACUAGUACAUGAUCUAUGGAGUAAGUCAGCUGGUGAGGUCAGGUGAUGAGUGAG